AUAUAUUCGCGAAGGAAGCUUUGGUUUGGUCCACCAGAGUAGAGUAGAGCAGAGCAGAGCAUCGGAGCCCCUGAGGCUUGAGCAGAGGCAGAAACCAACCCCUCUCUUAUAAAUUCACUGUCUUUCACAGCACACAGGUACUGUUACUUAGUGCCCGCAAAAAUGGCGCCAUUUGCUUCUGCUUCUGCCUGAUACGAGGCUCCUAGGCUUCACUAUGGCGGACACAAACACAAACUCAGUUGAUGUGAUUUUGGACUUUCUUCGGAGGAACCGAUUCACCAGAGCUGAGGCAGCUUUGCGCAGUGAGAUCAAUAAUCGCCCUGACUUAAAUGGCUUCCUUCAGAAGCUUACCUUGGAUGAAAAGGCCUCACGAGACGCCUCUCAAAAUAAUAAGGGGAAGCCUGUGCUAGGGAUUCAAGGGGUGGAAUCUAACGACACUCUUGAUGUUUCUAAAGAACUGAUUGUGAAGGAAAUAGAGUGUGGUAAUGGUCCAAAUGCCGCUGAAAGCAAAUGGAAAACUACUGCUCCCCCUAUCGUGGAACGGAAUAAAUUGGAUGAAGUGGUCGGGACAAGUGACAAGAACUUCAUUUUCUCUAAGACUUCAGAGGAUGGUAUGCUUGAUUUAUAUUCAUGGAAGUUCAACCCCAGCAAUGGUCUUGUCGAUCCGUACCAAAACAAUUUUGGUAGUAGGGCUAAUAAUACUCUGAGUUCGAAGGCCACUAUACCUCAACAAUCAAAAUGUCAAACUAAUGAAGCUGUUGAUGUAGUUGCAGCCUAUACCAAUUCAAAGUCUGGGGAGGAAAAUGCUGUGUUUGCUGAAAAAAAAUCCUUGUGGCCUGGAAGUAGUAGUAAAGCUUCUGUGGAUCUUAAGUAUGGCCUUGCGCAAAACAAAGAGCCUAUGGAAAUUGAUCGGCAGCUUAAAUUCAGUAGUUCAUCUCUUAAAAGGAACUUUGCAGAUAACCCCUGGUCAAGGACAGAUGAGAAUGUGAAUUCGUCUUCAGACUCGUGCAAAGAUUGUUCUGUCAAGACUGUCUUCCCCUUCUCAAAAGAGGAUGUGUCUACAAGCUUUGAUGGUACCACUUAUUCUGACAAAAAAGAGGAGAAAAAAAGGGUUGAAGUUUGUGAUACUAGGACAUCAUUAAAAGAGCAGGUGGAUGAAUUGGGGAGGGCUAUUUACUUGGUCAAGACACAAGGCAGUUCUGAACAGAAGAUGAUUGGCAGCUUAACUUUUCCUCUUCCACCUGAAAAUCAGAAGGAAGAGUUUCCCAGGCUUCCUCCGGUUAAACUCAAGUCAGAUGAUAAGCCCUUGGUUGUUAAUUGGGAGGAGAAGUUUGAGCGAGAUGGACCAAAUUCAAAACUCCCCGGUGCUGACAGCACAUUGCUUAUUGGUUCAUAUCUGGAUGUACCUAUUGGACAAGAAAUUAACCCUUCAGGUAUUAGAAGGGCAACAGGGGGCAGUUGGUUAUCUGUAAGUCAAGGGAUAGCAGAGGAUACAUCUGAUCUUGUAUCAGGGUUUGCUACAGUUGGUGAUGGGUUGAGUGAAUCUAUUGACUAUCCAAAUGAAUAUUGGGACUCUGAUGAAUAUGAUGAUGAUGAUGAUGUUGGGUACAUGAGACAACCUAUUGAGGAUGAGGCUUGGUUUUUGGCUCAUGAAAUUGAUUACCCUAGUGACAAUGAAAAGGGGACUGGGCAUGGAAGUGUUCCAGAUCCUCAGGAAAGAGGUCCAGCCAAAGAUGAGGAUGAUGAUCAAUCUUUUGCCGAGGAGGAUUCUUAUUUCUCUGGUGAGCGAUAUCUUCAGGCAAAUAAUGUUGAACCAGUCACAGCUACUGAUGAUCCUAUUGGUCUAACAGUUUCUGAGUAUGGAAGGACUAAUGAUAAUGAUUUAAUGGCUCAAUAUGAUGGACAAUUGAUGGAUGAAGAAGAAUUGAACCUGAUGUGUGCAGAACCGGUCUGGCGCGGCUUUGUUCCUCAGACAAAUGAACUCAUCAUGCUAGGAGAUGGGAGGGUUUUGAAUGAUAAUGUGAGAUCACGGCUAGAGGACGUCAGUAUGGAUGAUGAUCAACAUGGUUCAGUUAGGUCAAUUGGGGUAGGGAUCAACAGUGAUGCUGCAGAUAUUGGUAGUGAAGUGCGUGAAAGUUUGGUUGGUGGCAGUAGUGAAGGAGAUUUAGAAUAUUUCUGUGAUCGUGAUGCUGGGCUUGGUAGUUCCAGGCACUCUCAUCAUGAUUUGGAUAAGAAAUCUACUAACAAAUCAAACAAAGAUAAGAACAAUGACAAGAGUGAGUCAAAUAAAUAUGUCAUAGGAUGUGAUAAUGAUGCACAGUUGCAGAAGAAAACCCAUGUUGAUGUAAACUUCUCAUUUCCCCUAUCUUUGAAGGAUGACCAGAUGAUUCAGGCUGCCACCAAUAAGUCCUUGUGGUCAAAUAAUGGCAAUGCAGAUGAAACUGAUGACUGUCUUAGUGCAUUUAUGGGAACUGAUGACAUGCUUGCUUCAUGGAGGCGAAAGAGCAGCGAUUCGUCACCUGUUAAAAGUUAUAGGGAUGACAAUAAUGCCAACAUAGUAAGAUCCACAAACUCUUCUCCGACAACACUCUCAAAUUAUGGAUAUUCUGAAAGAGAGCAUGUGAAGAUAGAAGAGGACGAAAAAGCUGGAAUUGCAAGGGAAGAUGAUCUAGGAGCAUCACUAGAGGACGAAGAGGUAGCUGCUGUGCAAGAGCAAGUAAGGCAGAUAAAGGCACAGGAAGAGGAAUUUGAAACCUUCAAUCUAAAGAUUGUGCACAGGAAAAACAGAACUGGCUUUGAGGAGGACAAGAAUUUCCAUGUUGUUUUAAAUUCUGUACUAGCUGGAAGGUAUCAUGUUACUGAGUAUCUGGGAUCUGCUGCAUUUAGCAAAGCUAUACAAGCUCAUGACCUACAUACAGGCAUGGAUGUUUGUGUUAAAAUUAUAAAGAACAACAAGGACUUUUUUGACCAAAGUCUUGAUGAGAUCAAGCUUCUCAAGUAUGUCAAUAAGCAUGAUCCUGCAGACAAGUUUCACAUUCUUCGAUUAUAUGAUUAUUUCUAUUAUCGAGAACAUUUGUUAAUAGUAUGCGAACUGCUGAAAGCAAACUUGUAUGAGUUUCAUAAAUUUAAUAGGGAAUCAGGUGGUGAAGUGUACUUUACAAUGCCAAGAUUGCAGUCAAUUACCAUUCAGUGUUUGGAAGCACUUCAGUUUUUACAUAGCCUUGGACUAAUACACUGUGACUUGAAACCAGAGAAUAUUUUGGUUAAAAGCUAUAGUAGAUGUGAGGUGAAGGUCAUUGAUCUUGGAAGUAGUUGUUUCGAAACAGAUCACCUGUGCUCUUAUGUUCAGUCAAGGUCUUAUCGUGCUCCUGAGGUUAUUUUGGGACUUCCAUAUGACAAGAAGAUUGAUAUCUGGUCACUUGGAUGUAUCUUGGCAGAACUUUGUACCGGAAAUGUCCUCUUCCAUAAUGAUUCACCUGCAACAUUACUUGCUCGGGUGAUUGGGAUCAUUGAUCCAAUUGAUCAAAGUAUGCUUGCAAAAGGACGGGACACGUAUAAGUACUUCACCAAAAAUCACAUGCUUUAUGAAAGGAAUCAGGAAACCAACAGGUUAGAAUACUUGAUUCCGAAAAAGACAUCCUUGAGGCAUAGAUUGCCAAUGGGAGAUCAAGGCUUCAUUGACUUUGUUGCUCACUUGCUUGAAGUCAACCCUAAGAAGAGGCCCUCUGCAUCUGAGGCCCUGAAGCAUCCAUGGCUAUCAUACCCUUAUGAACCCAUAUCAUCUUGAAAUAAUUGGAGAGUUCUUUAUGGUGAUAGUGUCACCUACCCUAAGUUGGGUCAGGUUCAUCGUUUCAGAGUGAAGGCCCCACUGACAUAUUCUCGCUGCUUUUCAUUAUCUAUUUUAAAGAUGAAAUGGAAAGAGUUGUGCCCUUCAGCAUAAAUGCAUACUACAUUGAAAGGUGUUUUGGUUUUGUGGGAAGUGUCUGUCCGUCCUUCCCCUAACCAAACUGUAUUCCAGUGACAAACCAUACGAUCAAACGAUGUAAUGUUAGGUUUCUGCUUUCUUUGUUCUGCUGGACAGGGAAAUCUUAGAAUCUUGUACAUGGUGUGAUAAUUCUUUUAGGCUAUCUAGUAAUAUUUGUUGUGAUAUACAUACUCGAUCCAAUUUUGCAUGGUGUGUGACACCAUAGUUGGGAGCACCAAUCAAGAUUAAAGCAAAGCUGCUGACAAUGUGAAUCAUUUAAGACGUGCUUACGUGGAACGUGAAACUCAAAUUGCCUAGGCCCACUUUCCGUUGGGAGCAAUCAAAUUGUAUCUUGACAUUAAGGAAUUGUGUUAGGUUUUACUAACAGUAUUGGGAUUUGGGGAUUUUUUUUGGGGAUUUGACAUUAUUAAGCAAUGACAUAAUUCUUUUUUUUGCAGAAAAA